CGUCCUUCGGCGACGAGGAGUCCCAGGGCGACACGGCAUGCGGUGGCGUUGGUGCUCCCUAGUGCAACCACUCCAACGACUGCCAAAUCCGUUGUUCUUGUGGUCGUUGGGCUGGAUUGGUUGUCGCACUCAUCGAUCUAUGGGAGCUCCUUUUGGUCAACCCUCUUGUCUGCUCAUUGUUGGAUCUGUGGCAGCCUCCCUGUCUUCGUCCAGGGACUUACAGGAAGAAAUGGUCAUGCGUGCCUUGCUUGGAUAGGUUCUCCCAUUCCUGAUGGUGUAGACUUCGGUGAUCGGUCGAGGGAUGAAAUGAAGGGAAGAAUUUUGCAGUUCCAGAAUGGCAUCAAGCAAAGGUUGGAGCGGCGAUGGCAGCUGCAGUGGGACGGAUGGCGCCGUCAACAAGCAGUUCCUAAUCUAUGCCUCCGACAAAAUAGAUCAUCUGCUAUAUAUAGCACAGCUCCUCCUUGUGUUCUCGCCGUCGAGCUCGCCCGCCGCCGCCGCAUCAUCUUCUCCUCCUUGAAGGGUUUUCUCUGCAUUGUAAUGGAUUUUAUCGUGAUGCUAUUCUUCAGUUGCAUGGCACGCCCCCCUCCUGUCCAGAAUUCAGAGGGAUCUGAAGCAAGGAAAUGCUCAUGCCUAAAGACCCAAAUGGCACCAUUAUCAUGCCUCCCAAGUUUGAAAUGGGUGUGCCGUGAUUUGGGGAGAUGUAGGGGCGCCUGGUGCUGCCGAUUUGGUUGGUGCUCUGGUACAACUCUGCUGCCUAGAGCUCCGCCGCCGGCGCAUUUUCAUGUGGUAUGUCCUUUGAUGUGGGCGACACCAUUGAAGGGCUUCCCUCCCGUUGGAGUGGCGUGAGGGAAUUGUUUCUAGGUCAUGCUUCCUCAUCUG